CUACCAUUCUUGUGAUUAAUUUGGCAAAUUCUAGAAAGUUAAUUGGGCAUUGGACAGUCUUAUAUUUAGCGAGAGAUCCAAGUAAAAAUGAGUACUUUGAUAGUUUCGGGCGUAACCUCCGAAUAGUCUGUUGAAGCAUUAGGUGGAUCAUAUAUAUUUAACAAGAGACAAAUUCAAAGUAUACUGUCUAUAUGGUCUGUGGUCAAUAUGUCUUACUUUAUACGCUUCAAAAGGCUCGCAGAAAAACAUUGUCAGAGUUUGUUAAUUUAUUUUCAGAUGACACCCUUCUGAACGAUGUGUUGGCCAGGGAGACAGUUGCUGGAGAAUUUGAUUAUUAUUCUCAAAUAAUAGAUCUCAGUUUUUUUAGAAAAUCCCAGAUUGGCUAUGGCUCGAUGUUCUAUAGUACAAAAAAGAAAAUAUAUGAAGGAAUUGUGAGAAAAUGCAAUGAUUCCUCAGAAGUUGACUAAAGCUGCUUCGGCAUAUGAUAUGUUAAUCCCCCAUUCGCUUGAAAUUGAACCUGGAGAAAUAAGAACUAUUGGUUUGAGGGUAAAAAUACAAUUCCCCAGGCAUAUUUCAGCAAUCUUACAUACAAAGUCAAGUCAGGUCAAGCUAAAUGCUGUCUUUUUUUUGGGUGGUGUAAUUGAUUCAGAUUAUAUCGGGAAUAUUCAUAUCAUUUUAUUGAAUUCUGGGAAAACAACAGAAAAAUUUAUGAUUGGGGAGGCAAUUUGUCAGAUGAAAUUAUAUAAGGAUAUUUCUAUAAAAAUGCGGGAGGGGUUUAACAAGAAAAAUACAGAAAGAGGCGAAUUAAAAUUUGGGGAAGCUACCUUGAGAAAAAUUCAAAAGUAACCUUGGAAAAUAAUUUUGUGAGUGUUUGAAUUCACCAUGCGAUAUUGUUGUAUAUUUCUGCAGGUUUACCAGAGACGUUGAAAAUAUACAACAAGCAACAUAAGCGACAGAUACUGGGAUUUCCCUCAGCUGUUAAGUUCAUGGGAUACUCCAACCAAAAUUUGUUUAGGGCAUUCGGCUAUUGAUGACCGAGGCUAGAGCUGUGUCUUUGACGUGAGUCAUUGUAUCUCGCUUAUGCUUUCUUUAAAAAGGAGCAUUCUAAAAUUUAAUAAACUGUUUGAUGUCAUUAGUAAUCCUGAGUGUCUGUUUCACCACCUUGAUAUGGAUCGAUUUGAGGCGGCUCGAUUUGGGGUGGUGAAACAGACACUUCAGUUAUAUUCUCUUCCAAUGCAUCAUAUUGCAUAUCUUUUGUAUCUCCAAUUUGAC